CAAGAAAUGCAUUGAAUGAUAAGGCUGGAUAAUUUGCAGACAUGGAAGAAGAUUUCAGCAAAAGCAGUUUAAGGAGCCGAGAAGAGGAAAGAGGGUCUGAUGGGGGCCACCAGGUCUCCCCAUCUCUCUUUCUCCAGCUACCAAGCAAUCAGACACUACGUUUUCGUGGCAAAAAGGCAGAAGCUUGGGAAGCGGCUUGGGAAGGGGUAUCGGUGCCCAUAGAGGACCCCCAUGGACUGAUCCCAGAAGGGUUGCUGGAAGAAGAAGGGGAAGACAGCCGGCUUCUUAAGGAGAUGCCUCUCUGCCUGGAGGAGAAACGCAAGCUCAGGAUGCUGCAGAAGGAGGCGGUCAAGCAGCUCAGUGGUUGGCAACUUUGGCGCAGGGAGAAGUCGAAAACCCUGCGCCGUCUCCAGAGUCAGGCAAGCAUAGCCAUUUCCUCUGCUGGGUUGUGGCGAGGCACUUUGCACCACAUCGAAGGCCAUUUUGGAACAGGGAUCCAAUCCUAUUUCAACUUCUUGCGUUUCUUAGUCCUGUUGAAUUUUGCUGCUUCCUUGCUGGUGGUGGGAUUCAUGAUUGCUCCAAAUGCUGCCUUUGAAGCUCUACAACUCAACUGGACAAGUCAAGCAAACAGUAGUUUGGUGAAUGCACUAUGUCAAAAAUACAAUCCCGUACCUCAAGGAUUGGUCAGCUAUUUUUCCUAUAUUAUGGAUCUUCUGUCAGGCAAGGGAUUCAUAGAACAAACCUACCUGUUUUAUGGCUAUUAUCCAAAUAUGGCUGCCAGCUUUGUCAACUUUGCCUAUGACAUCCCUCUUGCUUAUCUCCUCACAACGCUUUUCUACCUGCUCUUCUGCCUGGCCUGGAUUGUUCAGAGGUCAGUCCUCUGUCUCAAACAAAGCCUGGUUAGUGAAGACACAUCCCUUGCAUUGUACAGCAACAAAAUCUUUGCCGGCUGGGAUUUCAGCCUGAUGCAAGAUAAGAUGGUGCAGUUAAAGCACAAAAGCAUCCGCUAUGAGCUACGGAUGGACCUGGAAGAAGCCAGUUUCCGCAAGCACCAAGCAGAGUUGACCACAUCCCAGCGAAUUGGGCUCUAUGUCCUGCGAAGCCUGAUCAACAUUUUGGUUUUAGUGCUUUUGGGAGUCUCCUUUUACUGUAUUUACCUGUCCGUGAGCCAUUCCCAGGAGAUGCUGGGAAAAACGGACUCUCCUGAGAAAAGUCAGUACUUCCUGCAACUGCUGGUGGCUUAUCUCCCCUCUGCUGUCAUCACGGCUGCCAACCUCCUUGUCCCGAUGAUCUUUCAGUUCCUUGUGCCUCUUGAGAAAUACCCACUCAGCUUUCAAAUAAAAAUCACACUUCUGAGGAAUGUCGUCCUGCGUUUUGCUAGCCUAAUUGUGGUCCUUGUUACACUGUGGGGGCAGAUCACCUGUAAUGGGGACCCACAGAAUUCCAAGUGCCGUUACUGUGGUUAUAAUAACCGUCUUCACCCGUGCUGGGAGACUUCGGUGGGGCAGGAAAUGUACAAGCUGAUGAUCUUUGACUUGGUGAUCACACUGCUUGUGAUACUGUUGGUGGAGUUUCCCAGAAAGAUGCUGGUGACAUACUGGCCCUCCUGCCUCUUAAUCAAAUGGUGGGGAGAACAGGAGUUUGUGGUGCCUGACAACAUUUUGGACUUGGUAUAUGGGCAAACCUUAUGCUGGACUGGAGCCCUUUUCUGCCCUCUUCUGCCAGUGCUCAAUACCAUCAAAUAUACUGCUGUCUUCUACCUGAAAAAGCUCACCCUUUAUACCAACUGCCGUCCAGCUGAACGCACGUUUCGUGCUUCAAGCUCCAACUCUUUUUUUCUUUUAAUUCUGCUCCUGGGACUCAUGAUAUCCUGUGUCCCAGCCCUAUAUAGCAUAUUCGUACUGCCGCCUUCAAAAGCAUGUGGCCCGUUCCGUAAUCAAUCCACCAUGUGGAAUGUGGUCAGCAAGGCUGUGUCAGAGUUACCUGCUGGUGCCCAAAACUUCUUGAGAUUUGUGGGCUCAGUCGCCUUUUCUGCGCCCUUGUUUCUGCUUCUGAGCGUCUUCAUGCUCUACCUCAAGGCCCUGGCCAACUCAUACAGUUCCAGGAUCAAAGCUCUCAAAGGACAGCUCUGUCUC